CAAAAGUUAAACUGCAACCACCACCGCCGCACGACACUGCCAGCCACGAAUAUGCCGCGAGAAAGCUUUACACCGGACGAUGUGUUGGAAUUGGAAGCUCCGACAAAAUCGUUCCUUUGCCCGUUGAGCGCGAACGUGUACAGCAUCGACUUUCUCAAGUUUCAGAUCAUCGAUUACGAAAGCAAGCGGAAAAUCUUUCAAGUCGGCCGCGACUGCCCACCUCGCGCCGCGGCCAAAGUCGACUACUCGCAACCCCUUGACGAAGAGUCGUACCGAAAGAUCCGCUACGAAUUCUCCGAGGACGUGUUGCGCCUCCCGACGAUCAUGACGUCGCUCGAGUUUAGCGUGGGCGGGAAGGAAGUGCACGGGUUUCGCAUGAUCGAACGGCACUACUUUCGAGAGGAACUGGUCAAGUCGUAUGACUUUGCGUUUGGGUUUUGCAUCCCCAGGAGCACCAACACGUGGGACGCCGUGUACUCGGUGCCAGCCCUGGACGAAGACCUGAUCCAGGACAUGGUGGCUAACCCGUACGCGACCGUGUCGGAUAGCUUUUACUUCGUCGGGGACGAGCUGAUCAUGCACAACAAGGCAGAAUACAAGUACAUUGUCGAGGACCGCGCGCAGUCGAAACGUUCGUACUAUGACAGCGACGACGAAGGCGAUGCAAAGGAGCGGAAGGGGGCGGCGGGCAGUGCCGGGGCGAAAGAGGCCAAGGAAGCCAAGGACGCCAAGUGGUCCAAGGAGGACGAGUAUGACGACUAGAGGCUUCAUCUGUCUUGCGCUGUAGCUUGGCUACGGCUAAAGUUACAGCUAUUGAUAGCAUGCGCCAACACAAGUUGCGUUAAUAUGUUGAACGAAACAAAUGAUGGGAAAACAGGACGCCAACGUGUAAGAGGUUAUUUCCACAAACAACAAGGCGGCGCGUUGGCCUACAUUCAUUAUUCCUUCCAUGAUGCAUGGUACUAAGUGGUAUAUUGUACACUGGAUAUAUGGAAUUGUCAAUCCAUGUCCAUGGCGCCAUCUUCCCCGAGAACGACGUCCAUUUCACAAUGCGAACACAAACAAUCGAGACCGAAGCGGUCCUUCAACGACGCGCGCUUGGCCGCGCGACUUUCCGUGCUCCCGCAUUCUUCGUCGGCACUGUCGGCGCCGUCGUAGAAUGUACAGAUCUCUUCGCCGCUCUGAAUGUCCCGCCUCGCGUACAGCUUGCGGUACGGCCCAGCUUCGCGUUUGACCCAGGCAUUGGGAAUGCACGCGUGGUUGAGGAUCGACAGGAUCGGACCGUGCGAUGCCAACCCCUCCGAGCCGUUCUCCUCUGUGAGUGUGUACCCGAAUUGAGUCAGCCGGCCUCGACCUGCGAGGUCCUUCAUCGUGAGGUAUUGCACUUUUUCCAUGAUGAUGAGGUCCCCACGGCGGAAAGCUUUGGUCGCGAACAGACCAUUGCCACAUCGCUGGGUCUUGCGCAUCUCCACGGCAGGGUUAGCUAUCGCGACACACACGGGUUUGUGGGCUUUCCAGAUCUGGCGCUGGCAGGCUGCAUUGCAGAAGUACGCCAAGUUGCAUUGUCCGCACAGGAGCAGCUUGGAGCUCUGUCGAUGGCAUGCCGAGCAUAUCUGCACUGAUUUGGUGGAAUUAUCGGCCAUCAAGG